GCCAUAGGGGGCGCUGCGCGGCGACGGCGCCUUUCUUAGUUCGAGGUCUUCGCUCGUUGGCGCGUCCUUUCCCAGCAUCCCCCGCGGCGGUAGCGGAGUCCAUCCCCGCUCGGUGACCUUCGCUCGCGGCCCGCGCGCUCCCGGCUCUAACGAUGGUGCAGACCAUGCUUCCAAAGUCAUUGAGAGCCAUGAAAUUCUACUUCACAACCGUAUACCAAGAAAUAUGGGUUGGUGUGGCAUUAACAGCUUAUGUCUAUUACAAAAUUUCAUAUGGUGGCAAAAAAGCAGUGGCAGAUAAGUCCUCUGGUGCUGGUCAUCAUUAAAGACCUCUUCUUGGAGUAUGAAUUUGGUGGUUCGUCAUCUUUUACUGUAAAUGAAGCAAGUUACAACCAUAGGGAAGUUAAUUCUAAAACUGUACCUGAUCCAUCUGCUGUAAUUAGAGACAGAAUAAACCCAUUGAGCAACAAGGAAUUAAACAUGUUGGACAAAGUAUGCUGGAGUGUAUUGUUAACCUAACUUUUAGAAUAAGCAUUUUUUGUUUUCUACAGUUCUUCCAAGUUCCAUGUGAAACUUUUUCAAUAGUACUUUGAAAAAGACCAAAUUUCUAUAACUAAAAUUCUUAAUAGAAUUAGCCAACAUUUCUUAAAAUAGUAUUAAGCCUUUUUUUUUUAAAUAUAUCUUUUUUGGCUAGAACUUUUGAAAUACUCCAUUUACUUUUAAAAUGUCAUUUAAUAAUACACCAAGUGUAAGGACUUAAUUCUCAGCUUUCUGUCAACUUGUGGUGCAAUAAUUAAGGGUACAAAAAGUUCUUUUUAAAACCUUACUUUUUUUUUUUUAAAGAGUUCUUAGUUCUGCAAAGUUGAAAAGCAAAAGCUGUAUUAUUACUAAAACACCAUGCAAAACGUUUACAGAGGUUUUUAAAAAGUAUAUUAUUGGCAAAUAUCUUUUUUUGUCCUUCAUAUUCAGCAGAGCUAAGGAAUUAUUCUGAAAGGCUCUUCCUUUAGUCACAAAUUUUGCAAAGGAGUAAGUAAUAACAUGCGCAUAUUGUAUGAGAAAAUUGAUAUUACAUGGGCCCUCAUCUGCCUUUUGAGCUUAUGAAAAUCUCAGAAUUUGAAGGGAAUAAUGAAAUCACGCACUGUGGCAGCAGUUAAUAUGAGCAUAAACAAACAUUUAACUGACUUCAGAGUUUUCCUUUUUCCUGAUAAUUUAGAAGUAAUAUAUGUAUUACUAGGAUGGGUCAUUAGUGGUUUUUGCAGAUAGCUGUUAAAGUAACUCCGUAGCUAGUAUUGUAUUUAGGAGACUCUAGGAACCUAUACUAUCUUACAAAAAUCAGUUUUCAGAACUGUACAUACUGAAUUCUGUACCAAAGAUACAUAGUGUAUAAAACCAAAUUUGGACUUCAUGUCAUGUUUUGUUUAAAUUUAGCCUAAUCUGCUUUUGAGAAGAUUAAGAGGCUUAAGUCAUUUUAAUGACUUAAUGCUUACGUACAUCUUUUUAACUACUUCACUGAAACAUCUUAAGUCUUUCAGCUUGAUUAAAGUUUUGCUUUUCAAUCUCUCUGA